GCCAGGCUGGAGGAGACUUGUCUUUCCAAGGCUGGAGAGGAUUUCACGCGGGUUUGCCUGCAGCUGCCCGGGAAGAAAUUCCCCUCUGGUGGCAGCAGCCGCAGCAGCAGCGGCGGCGGCGGCGGCGGCGGCAGUAGCAGCGACGGUGGCAGCCCUACCUCCUGUUCUGGGGAACAGGGCAGAAUGCCUGUGCUAGAGCGGUACUUCCACUCGGCAGAACUAGGCAGGAGGUGGACGGCCCCAGAAGGUGUGCUGCCCUCCGCCCUAGGCAGCAGGCCGGGGUGCCAGCAGGGGCCGCUACCCUGGGACUUGCCAGAGAUGAUCAGGAUGGUAAAGCUGGUUUGGAAGUCCAAAAGUGAGCUGCAGGCAACCAAGCCGAGAGGCAUUCUGGAAAAUGAAGACGCUUUGCACAGCUUCCCAGGAGAUGUCCGACUAAGGGGUCAGACCGGGGUUCCUGCCGAACGCCGCGGCUCCUAUCCAUUCAUUGACUUCCGUCUACUUAACAAUACAACACACUCAGGGGAAAUUGGCACCAAGAAAAAGGUGAAAAGACUGUUAAGUUUCCAAAGAUACUUCCAUGCAUCUAGGCUUCUCCGUGGGAUUAUACCACAGGCCCCCCUCCACCUGCUGGAUGAAGACUAUCUUGGACAAGCAAGGCAUAUGCUCUCCAAAGUUGGAAUGUGGGACUUUGACAUUUUCUUGUUUGAUCGCUUGACAAAUGGGAACAGUCUGGUAACACUGCUGUGUCACCUCUUCAACACCCAUGGACUCAUCCACCAUUUCAAGCUGGAUAUGGUGACCUUACACAGGUUUUUGGUCAUGGUUCAGGAAGAUUACCACGGUCACAACCCAUACCAUAAUGCUGUUCAUGCAGCUGAUGUCACCCAGGCCAUGCACUGUUACCUGAAGGAGCCAAAGUUGGCCAGCUUCCUCACACCUCUGGAUAUCAUGCUUGGACUACUGGCUGCAGCAGCUCAUGACGUUGACCACCCAGGGGUGAACCAGCCAUUUUUGAUCAAAACCAACCACCACCUUGCCAACCUGUAUCAGAAUAUGUCUGUACUGGAGAAUCACCACUGGCGAUCUACAAUUGGCAUGCUUCGGGAAUCAAGGCUUCUUGCUCACUUGCCAAAGGAAAUGACACAGGAUAUUGAACAGCAGCUGGGAUCCCUGAUCUUGGCCACAGACAUCAACAGACAGAAUGAGUUUCUCACCCGCCUAAAAGCUCACCUGCACAAUAAAGACUUGAGACUGGAGAAUGUACAGGACAGACACUUUAUGCUUCAGAUUGCCUUGAAGUGUGCUGACAUUUGCAAUCCUUGUCGGAUCUGGGAGAUGAGCAAGCAGUGGAGUGAAAGGGUCUGUGAAGAAUUCUACAGGCAAGGUGACCUUGAACAGAAAUUUGAACUGGAAAUCAGUCCUCUUUGUAAUCAACAGAAAGAUUCAAUCCCUAGCAUACAAAUUGGUUUCAUGACUUACAUCGUGGAGCCGCUCUUCCGGGAAUGGGCCCGGUUCACCGGGAACAGCACCCUGUCGGAGAACAUGCUAAGCCAUCUCGCACACAACAAAGCCCAGUGGAAGAGCCUGCUGUCCAAGCAGCACAGACGCAGGGGCAGCGGCCAGGACUCCGCAACCCCUACAUCUGAGACCCUGGAGCAGACAGAAGGCGCCACGCCCUAA